CACUGGAUGCUCUGAGACAAAUUUCAGACAUGGUGUCCGAAUGCUGCCUUAGUGUCACCAAGUAUUUUGUUUUCCUGUUCAACCUCAUUUUCUUUUUCUUAGGAUCCCUCAUGCUGUCUCUGGGCGUGUGGAUAACCUGUGCUGAGUCCAGCUUCUUCAUGGACCCCCCGACCUUCAUGUCCAUGUCUCUCCUCUCCUACUUCCUACUCAUCGGAGGCAUUAUCACCAUGACCCUGGGCUUUCUGGGGUGCCUGGGGGCUAUACAGGACGCAAAAUGCCUGCUGGGUUUGUACUUUAUUCUGCUCACCAUCCUCCUGGCCGCUCAGAGCGUUGGCAUGGUCUUCUUCAUCACACAGAGGAGCCUGUUUGAGAGCAGUCUGACGAUCCACAUAUCCACAGCCAUUGAUUUAUAUGGGAGGAAUGAGUCACACCUGCUGCACUUUGAGAAGACGCUGGACUACAUACAGCAAGAGGGUGGGUGCUGCGGAUGGGAAUAUCCGUCGGACUGGGAAAGGGCCCCCUGCUCCUGCUAUUACUACAACAGCACGUCCCAGCCACUCAACUCAACCACAUCUCCGACAUGUGAAUGCGAGGGGGAAAGCCCACCCUUGGACACAACCAAAUGUGCCAUGUACCAACAGGGCUGUAAGAGGCAGCUGGAGAGCUGGAUGGAUGAUCACAUGCUCAUCAUUAUGGUAGUGCUGUUUGCUCUGAUUGGAGUGGAGAUCUGUGGUAUGAUCCUUUCGAUGUAUCUGUAUAAAUCAUACAGCAAUCCCGAUGCGUUGAUGCUCUACUAAGUCACAAGGAAACGAUGGAUAAAGAAUCCAUCGAAUGAAGCAACACCUUCCAUGUUGUGUCAUGUAUAUAGAUAGAUAUUGAAGCACUUGCAUACCUUACAUUCAAGUAUUUGCUAUAUUCUUUGGAUUUUUUUUUUUCAUUUGCUACAUAGAUUAUGUGUAUAGCUAUUGCUGUUUGUGUUAUUGUAUCUCGUCAUGUCACUGAUGAUGUGUAUUGUACAGCUGUAUGACCAGAUGUAGGUGUAGCGUUUGCAGACAUGAAUGUUUAAAAUUCACUCCCAGGGUGGCCGCUCAGUGUUUGUUGGUGCAUGACGAACACGUUGCUCUGAGAAAGUCCCGGUUCCUGUUUGGGUUGGCCCUGCUGUCUCUUGAACAGGAAGCUACCCCCGGGCCUAGGGUGGGACAGUUUUGUGUUUCACUAUUGUUGCAAACUCACAAUAAAUGACCUAUUUUCUUGUU